AAUACUGGGUGGGGCCUUGCCAGUAGUUGGGCAUUUCCUUUCGGAUCAUCGUAGUCGGACUGGCAUUUAAAUCCACUGCAGUGACGAAGCCGGGGAAGCAAGUGGUCGUACAAGAUUCCACACAGCAGUAGGAAUAGACGCAACAUUAUAGCUGUAUUACUGUUUCUUUUAUUUGACUCGAAAAGGUCUAGACUAUUAUUUUGAAGCUUCAACCGCGUCAGUAUUCAAAUGUAAGACGAGCUCUCAAUUUGACAUCUUGAUACGUGCAUUAUUUUUGGGACUCUAAAGCUUUAAUUAAAAUCGUACUUGGUAGCUAUGAUAUGAAAAUGUGCAUGUAAUUUUUUUUUUAUCGCUAAACAUUUCUAUUGAAUAAGCACGCUUUUAGUCGUCUGAAUGCAUCUUUGUCUCGUGGUUGGCCUGUAAAGACUUGCGAAAUCGCUUUCCUUUGAAGGAUGUCUGAAUAAUGUUUUUUUAUAAGGAAAAACAAACCAUCUGCUAAACCAAAAGCAAAAAAUUCCCACAAAUUAUUAGAACAAUAGCAUAGAAAUUGAAAAGGCGACAAUAGAGAUCUCUAUAGAGUAUAAGGUUGUCCAUUAUCGAAUUGCAUCAUGUUCAGCUGGUUGGGUACCGAUGACAGGAGGAAGAAGGAUCCUGAGGUCUUUCAGACAGUCAGCGAUGGCCUCAAGAAGCUCUACAAAACCAAGCUGUUGCCCUUGGAAGAACACUACAAAUUCCACGAGUUCCACUCGCCCGCCUUAGAGGAUGCUGACUUUGACAACAAACCCAUGGUUCUCCUUGUGGGGCAGUAUUCCACUGGAAAGACCAGCUUUAUACGAUAUUUGCUGGAGCAGGAUUUCCCAGGGAUGCGGAUUGGCCCGGAGCCUACCACAGACUCCUUUAUUGCGGUGAUGCAUGGAGACGUGGAGGGACUGAUUCCGGGCAACGCCCUGGUGGUCGACCCCAAGAAACCCUUCAGGAAGCUCAACGCCUUCGGAAAUGCUUUUCUCAACAGGUUUGUCUGUGCCCAGCUGCCCAACCCUGUUCUGGAGAGCAUCAGUGUGAUAGACACUCCUGGGAUCCUGUCUGGAGAGAAGCAGAGGAUCAGCAGAGGUUACGACUUCGCUGCUGUGCUCGAGUGGUUCGCAGAGCGCGUGGACCGCAUCAUCCUCCUAUUCGACGCCCACAAGUUGGAUAUCUCGGACGAGUUCUCGGAGGUCAUCAAGGCCCUGAAGAACCACGAGGACAAGAUCCGAGUGGUUCUGAACAAGGCGGACCAGAUCGAGACCCAGCAGCUGAUGAGGGUCUACGGCGCCCUCAUGUGGUCUCUGGGGAAGAUUGUCAACACGCCUGAGGUGAUCCGUGUCUAUAUCGGGUCGUUCUGGUCGCACCCCCUGCUCAUCCCCGACAACCGUAAGUUGUUUGAGGCCGAGGAGCAGGACCUGUUUAAGGAUAUUCAGUCGCUGCCACGCAACGCAGCCCUCAGGAAGCUCAAUGACCUCAUCAAGAGGGCACGUCUUGCCAAGGUCCAUGCCUACAUCAUCAGCUCUCUUAAGAAGGAGAUGCCCAGUGUGUUUGGAAAGGAAGGCAAGAAGAAGGAGCUAAUUAAUAGUCUGGGAGAGAUCUACAGCCGCAUCGAGAGAGAACACCAGAUCUCCCCUGGAGAUUUCCCCAACCUCAAGAAGAUGCAGGAGCAACUGAACGCACACGACUUGAACAAGUUCCAGCCCCUGAAGAUGAAGCUGCUGGACGCGGUGGACGACAUGCUGGCCCACGACAUAGCCGGGCUCAUGGUUCUGGUCAGGCAGGAGGAGACCAACCGGCCACAAAAGGUGGUGAAGGGAGGGGCUUUUGACGGCACACUGAACGGGCCAUUUGGCCACGGCUAUGGGGAGGGAGCCGGUGAGGGCAUCGAUGAGGCCGAGUGGGUGGUGGCCCGCGACAAGCCCAUGUACGACGAGAUCUUCUACACACUGUCACCGGUCAACGGAAAGGUGACAGGUGCCAAUGCCAAGAAGGAGAUGGUGAAGUCCAAGUUGCCAAACACGGUGCUGGGAAAGAUCUGGAAGCUGGCCGACAUCGAUAAGGACGGGAUGCUCGACGACGAGGAGUUUGCCCUGGCCAAUCACCUGAUCAAAGUCAAACUUGAAGGGCAUGAGCUCCCCGCCGACCUGCCCGGUCAUCUCAUCCCCCCCUCCAAGAGGAAAGUCCCUGCUGAGUAGACCCUCACGCCCCCUCACUCUCCCAGGGCACUGAAGGAGAGUGUGGGUGGAGGCUCAACAGGGCUGCAGGGGGGGGGGUCAAUUCAUCGAGGUGGGACAACCACACCUCAACUGGAAACAAGGAAAAUCAGCAACUCUGCGGUCAUGCUCAGUGGGAAUUAAAGGACUGCGAUUAAAUUAAAGGACCUGCUCAUUAAAUCUGUGUAUUCUUUUUUUAUUGAACUGUGGUUACGUGGGGUUGAAGUGGUGGUUCAGAGUCAGGGCUGUCAUGGGACUCUAGUGUGCCGCCUGCAUGUCAUCAUAUUGUACACCUUCAGGGAGCCGAUUGUUUGGGAUUAUUCAGUGCGCUGCAUUGUCACUGGACACACAAACACUGAUUUGUGUUCCGAUUAUUUUCUUUCUUUGAGCCUAAAUUGUAGCAUACUUCAUAUCUCCCUAGACGGAUAAUGGGCAUGUUUCAAAAAGGAUUAAACUAAUACCGAUCUUAAUAAAACCUAAUAAGACUUCAAAAUUAAAUAAUGUCCAAUGUGAACCCUUUUUUAUAAAUAGCUAGUCUAAACAUGUUUUAUCUUCUCGUGAACAGGCAGCAUCGUAACACAUGCGCGCCCUUCAUAGCCUGACCAAGAGACUGUUACAAAUGUAUAGCUGUCAUGUGGGAAACCUGAGCGUUGGUGAACCUUUAAAUGUACAAUUAUUGAAAAUGCCUUCUAGUAACUAGUGUCUCUGUCAAACCUCUAUGGUAAUAUCUGUAUAACCUAUUAUUAACAUGCUUGUGGAAUUCUAAUCACUUUUGAGGGAGUGAGAUACUUUUCCUAGACUAGGAGGUGAGCGGACGUUGAAGAUGACGUGGGUGUUCUGCUCCAUUUCCAAAGAGACAUAGAAGACACACAAAUAAUCCCUUAUUUAUCUGUAGUCAUAGGACGCAUAACCCAUUGAAAAAGCAACGUUUUGAAUCAGCACUCGCAUUCAGUUACCUUAGACCCUCAGUAGAUGGCACACAUUCCUGUAAUUAUCUUGUGACCUCCAACCUAGUGUACUGGAUUUCACAGAGAAGGUUCUGUAUUCUAUGAUCUCCUUGUAGUUUGAGACCAUUUCUUGAUAUUCUCCACCAUGAAGAAUGUGAAAACAUAAUCCCAAUACCUUAUGAACCUGAUUGGUCUACAAGAGGUAAGAAAUGUAUGGUUAUUGAAUAAAGAAAGAGGCCCCUAAUUGCAGGUCCAUGUUUCAGUUAUACCUACACUGUUAUAUUUGGGAUUAUGCUGGUGAAACAUCUUUGUGGAGACUUACAUGUUUACAGACUACAUAGCACACAUGAUGUAACAUAGCCUCUUCACUGACAUGCACACCAGUGGUAGAUUUCUUUCUGAUAUCAAAGACUGAUCUGACUGAUACUCGCUUUGCUUCUCUCCUGCUGUGUAGUCAUCUGCUAUGUAUCCUGUUGUCAUCCGUUUGAGUGGAUCUUGCAAAUGAUAUGGUAACCAAUAAAGGUGACUCUGACUGCG